UGAGAUCUGUAUGAGUCACUGAAAUUCACGUACUGAAUCAAAAUACCCAAGUGUAUUAUUCACCGAACACUUGACUCACAACACAAAAACAUACCGAUAAUAGUCAUAAAGAUGUUCAUAAACUGAUAUUAUGUCGGGGAAUAUUAAGAAACUGUUGAAUCAGUCGGUCACUUUGCUUCCUGUACGUUCUAUGACAUAUACCUUUCGCCGACCGCAAGAUAAAGAUGGAAGUAAUAGAGAUAACAAUAUAAAGAUUGGUCAGGGGAUAAAAUAGGAAGGAAAAUGACAUACAAAGAUUUAAGAAGCUGAGAUCUUAUCGUGCACCGGUUAAACGUGUUUCAUCUCCGAACAGGACAAAUCUAGUAAUCCCAGAAGAAUAAUAUCGUGAAAAAGGACUCCGAACAAAAAAACAUGUAUAAGAGGGGAACAGUCCUGGUAUUGACAGUGUGCUUGUUAAUUGCCGUGACAGUCGCUCAGCUGUCUCGUAAAGAAGGAUAUUGUCCAUUAAAAAACAGUGUUUCGAAAUGCACUCCUAGAUGCGUUUCAGAUUAUCAAUGCUCUUUUAAUGAGAAAUGUUGCCCGAAUAAAUGUGGAAGUAAAUCAUGUGUUCAAGCGAGUCCUGUCAGUACCGGCAGUGGAUAUAAGGGAUCAUCAAACGACAAUGUGUAUUGUGCUGGAAUAAAAUGUGGCCCAUAUGAAAAGUGUCAAUUUGAUCGUAGAACAAAGCGUGAAAAAUGUAUUCGUACAUAA